AUGUCGUCCACUUCCACUCCUACUGAGUCAUCCUGCACCACGGUGUCUGAACCCUGUGCUGAACCGUCUGCCAAGAAAGCAAAACUCACCACAUCUGAUUUUGAGAUGCCAAGCAUCGUUGUCUUCGUGGUUGGGAAUCAAAAGAAAGUGCUCCAGAUGCCCCGACGCAUCGCACGUGAAAGCUCAGACUUGAUAGACGCCGAAUGCAAAGACCUUUCUGACACGGCUGUGUAUAUUAAAUUAUACCCCAAUAUCCCUGUUGAGAUAUUCACGCUGUUUCUCGUGUGGUUAUCGACGGGCGACCUCAAUAAUGCCGAGGAGUUUGCAUCGCACCCGGCGAACCCAAGCGCCGUUGACCUAGAAGAUACUUCAAAGAAACUCAACCAGCUGGCCCAGUGCUAUCACCUCGCUGAGAUAUUGAUCGCGAGGCCAUUUCAAAACUACAUCACUGAUCAGAUCUGCAAGUACUUGGAAUCCCUCGUGGACAAAGACGACCUACUAGAGAAAACCAUCGCUCGCAAUGUACCCCUUGUUUACGUCGACGGCCAAAAGGAGUCAAAGCUAAAAUGCCUUCUCGAAGACGCGAUUGUUGCCAGCACCACCAACCUCACGCGAUGCAUGCCUAUCGACAACCCAGAGUUAGAGCCCAUGGUCUUGGCAUUCUGGAAUGGAGUGGCUAUUUCAGCGAUUCGAAGGAAUAAAGAAUUGGAGGAUGGGCGGAUGCGGUUUCCGUUGAAUUGGGGGGAAGAGCGUAGGUGCAAGUAUCAUGAACACAAGAAUGACGAUGAGAUUAUGGACUGCAGAGAGAGGCGCCUGGAGAAACAGGGUAGAAUGUGUAUCGAUCAAUAGGAGGAUCUGCAAGUCUUCGAAUGAGAUGGAGGAUUACAGCGAGAGACGGUU